AUGAUGGUGAUGAUGAUGGUGGUGAUGAUCGUGAUAAUGAUGGUGAUGAUAAUGGUGGUGAUGAUUGUGAUGAUGAUGGUGAUGAUGAUCGUGAUAAUGAUAGUGAUGAUGUUGAUGAUGAUGAUGAUGAUGAUGGUGGCGAUGAUGAUAAUAGUGGUGAUGAUCGUGAUAAUGAUGGUGGUGAUGAUGAUGAUGAUAGUGGCGAUGAUGAUGGCGGCGGUAGUGGUCAUGAUCGUGAUAAUGAUCGUGAU